AUGACUUCGACAGAGCAGCAGCCUGCGCUUGCGACCACGAAGCGGAAAUUCCACAAGCUCCUCGAUAACCUCACCGCAAGCAACUCGACGACUUCACUCGCGAGCACCCUCCAGGAAUCAAAUGCAUCGACCGCGUCCCUCUCCGCGCUUUCGGAACCAGACAGCCCUGAACAUCCGAACAAGCGUCCGCGCAGCGCGAACCUGAGCAUGGAGCGCCAGAGAGGCAUAUCGGAGGGACAGGAGCGCAUACGGCAGCUCAAGGAACAGCUUAUGACCCCACGGAGGGAAAAGACAAUCAAGGUCGUAGGAAAGACUGUAGUCACACCGAAAGCCUCGACACCGCGUAAAGCACCCAACUUCCAGCCGUACAGCCAGGAACACUUCCUCGAGCGACUAAAGACGUUUGCAGACGUGAGGAAGUGGACGACCAAGCCAGAUGCGAUCAACGAGGUCGAAUGGGCGAAGCGGGGCUGGAGUUGCGAUAUCUGGAACACAGUAGCCUGCAAGGGUGGAUGCGAGAACCGCGUUGCGGUCAAGCUGAGGCCGAAGCGGAAAGAUGCGAACGGAAAGGAUCUGGAGAUGAGCGAGGAUCUGGCUUUCGAUAUCGACGACGCUCUGAUAGAGCGAUACAAGGAUCUCAUUGUAGAGGGACAUUCAGAUGACUGCCUGUGGAGGAAGCGAGGGUGUCAAGAAGACAUCUACCACAUCCCCAUCGCGUCACGCACCAAGAGCUCAGCCGAACUCCUCGACCGAUACCGCUUCCUCAAAGCCAUAUCCGCCGAUCUCCCCCUCCUCGAACACAUCACCUACCCCGACCCACCCAUCCAGCAAAUCCUCGCCCGCAUCCCCUCCUCCUUCUUCACAUCCAGCGGCACACAACCCCCACUCUCCCCCAGCGACACCGUAGCCUUCGUCUUCGCCCUCUUCGGCUGGACCGGCGUCUCCGAAUCGCGCAUCUCCCUCGCAGUAUGCAACCACUGUUUCCAGCGCCUGGGUCUCUGGCUCUCCUCCGCCACGCGCCUCACGGAGAUGAGCAAGAAACUAGACGUACCGAUUGAGAGCCUACGGCUUAACCUUCUUGAGAGCCACCGCGAACAUUGCCCCUGGAAGAACGCCGAUGUCCAAGCCAACGAAAAAGACAGUCCAAUCGCCAACAUGCCUGCCUGGCAAACCCUCCAAUUCAUGCUGCUCGGUCGCCACAAAGACAUGCCUACCUCUGGCUCUAGCAUGCAAACCCCGUCUAAACAAACACCACGCAAAUCGCACCAGCAACAUGCCAGAAACAACGAUAGCGUGGACAUUGGCAGUGAGCUCGAGUACCCGCGCGGCAGUUUCGAUAGCAUCGAGAGGCCGAAAGAUGUCGACGAGGAUGAAGACGGCGGUCUGAGAGAGAAAUGGAGUAAACUCAAGGCGAAACUGAAGCGUAGUGCGAGUAAGAAGAGCUUGAAGAGUAUGAAGAGUGGGAAGAGUGUUAAGAGCGGGAAGAGUGUUGCGACGAAAGCGGGGGAUAGGGAGAAGGAGAAGUCUUAG